AUGGUCCUGCUUCGAAUUUGCAUAGCUUCUGUGUUUCUUCUACUCCUUUCUCUGAGCCUUGUCUCUUACAACACCUCCAAACCAACUGGUUUCAGCCUAAAACUCAUUCCCAGUGACUCGCCGGACUCACCUUUCUAUCCUGGAAAACUAACCCAACAUGAGAGAAUUCAGAGAAUGGUUGAACUCUCAAAAGCCAGAGCUAAAUAUGUUGGUCUUCUAUCAACAGCCAAUCAGAUUUCUACUUUCUACCCAGAAAACAUUUAUCUGAAAAUGUAUAUCCACAGCCUUUUCUAUUCAGUUCAAGUAUUUAUUGGAACACCAAAAAGGCCUCAAACAUUACUAAUGGACACCGGAAGCCACCUUAUAUGGACACAAUGCAGACCUUGCAUUAACUGUUUCAACCAAACAGACCCACCCAUUUUCAUUCCAAACACUUCAGCCACAUACAGAAAACUCCCCUGUGCACAUCCAAUAUGCAGACAGCUUUAUCAAUGUGUCAAAAAUGAAUGUGUAUACAAUCAAAGAUACGGAGGUGGGUCAGUCACGAAAGGUUUGGCCUCGGUCGAAACAUUCGCAUUCCCUUUCAAUAGCAAUCAAACAAGAUCUGUAGGAAACAUAGUGUUCGGCUGCUCAAAUGACAACCAGAAUUUCACAUUCAGUGGCACUGGACGCAUUUCAGGAAUAUUGGGUUUAGGCCCAUAUCCAGAUUCUUUACCAAGCCAGUUGAGAAACCUCAUCAAUAAGCGUUUCUCUUAUUGUUUGCCAAGUUCAAUGACGCAAAACAGUGUUCUUAGAUUCGGCGAAGACAUACAGAUCAUUCCAAAUCUCAAAAGGACACCAUUCGUACGUAUGAACAGGUCUUCUCAUUAUUUCUUGAAUUUGUUAGAUAUAAGUGUUGCAGGACACCGUUUGGGAUUUCCACCGGGUGCUUUUUCACUCAAACAGAAUGGUAGUGGUGGUGUUGUCAUUGACAGUGGAUGUACAGUGACGAAUAUGGAGCGGGAACCAUAUGGAGUGGUGAUGAGAGAGUUUCAGAAUCAUUUUGUUCGGUUUGGGUUGGAGAGGGUUGUGAAUUCUUCAGAAGGGUUUGAACUGUGUUACAAACAGAGGAGGGGUUUUAGUCAUUAUGCUGGUUUGACAUUCCAUUUUGAAGGUGCUGAUAUGGUAGUGCAACCUCAGUUUAUGUAUGUUCAGAACUACAGGAUGAGGUAUUUCUGCGUGGCUUUGCUGCCGUUUACAGGGCCAACUUUGAUCGGUGCGUGGCAGCAACAGAAUACAAGGUUUAUUUAUGAUUUGAAUCUUCAAGAGCUUCAGUUUGCUCCUGAGGAUUGCUCCAGGGAUAGAUUGUUUUCUUGA